AUGUUGCAAGUCAUUGAAGUUGAUGGAAUUAGUACAAAAGCAUCAAAUAUUAGCGUUUUACCGAUUCAUAUUGGACAACGUUACUCUGUUAUCAUUGAGGCAUCUCAAGAAGUUGGCAAUUAUUGGAUACGUGCGGAAAUACCAGAAGAUUGUAUAAUGACUUCACCAGAUACAAUAAAUCAUAACUCGGCCCUUUUCGAUCAGAUGACUACAACAGGAAUCUUACAAUAUGAAGGAGCACCUAGUGAUACAUAUCCAGAUUCCAAAAAGUUCAACGAUGAUUGGUCUAAAAAUCUACUUCCAUGCCGUGAUCUUGAUGUUGACUUACUAAAACCAUACGCAGCAGUAGAACCGCCUUUAAAAGUUACAGAUCAAAUUAAUAUUUCUGUAACGCUUCAUGAAGACGAGCAUCAAACCACCAAGGCUUAUAUUAAUAAUCAAUCCUGGAUUCCUGAUAUAACAAAUCCUUCAAUUAUGAAAAUUAUGAGCGAAAGUAUUAGUGCUAAGCAAUUUCCUAUUAAUGCUAAUGCAUAUAUGUAUGAUACUGAGGAGUUAGACAUUAUUAACCGAUGGCAUGUUGAACUGGGGAUGGUAUUUCAAUUGAUCGAACAGCAAGAAAAACUCCAACAACUCAAAAUGCCAGAUCCUGUUGCAGCAUUAUGUGCACCAGGUUAUCAACAUACUAGGCGUCUCGCACUUUCGUCUCCCGAUGAUGAUGAUUAUGUAACGAUAACUGGUGGAGGCUAUCAAAUUCAUCAUAAAAAACCAUCAACAAAAAGAAAUACCAAGAAGAGUUUAUUAUUUACUAAACGUCAUGCUA